AUGUCUUCCAGAGGGUACUCACCGGAUGACUCGAUGUCCACAAGCAUCGGCGCACCAACCCCUAACAGCGAUAUGGAGGCAUCUCCAAUGCCCAUUGCAAUCAUUGGUAUGGGCUGUCGCUUCCCGGGCGAUGCGACCAAUCCAGAGAAAUUAUGGGAUCUUAUUGCCAAUGGUCGUAGUGCGUGGUCACCAAUCAAAACAGAAAGGUUUCAUGCCGAGGCAUGGUAUCACCCAGAUCAAGGCCACAUCGGAACAUCAUAUGUCAAAGGAGCACAUUAUCUGCACGAAGAUAUUAGAAAUUUUGAUGCGUCGUUCUUCAACUUUUCGGCAGACGUUGCCAAGACAAUGGACCCAGAGGUCCGCCUGCAACUCGAGACUGUUUAUGAAGCACUUGAAAAUGCCGGUCUUCCCAUUGAACAAGUUGCAGGAACAAAUGUGUCUGUCUUUGCGGGGACCUCCUUCCGCGACAAUCACGAUAAUCAUAUGCGGGAUCCCAUCAGUGUUAAUAACGCCUAUUUCGUGACUGGAAAUGGAGCAGCCAUGGUUGCUAACCGAGUCUCACACUUUUACGACCUGAGGGGACCCAGUGUCAUGGUUGACACAGGCUGUUCAACAUCUUUGACGCUUUUGCAUCUGGCAUGUCAAAGCUUGCGUACUGGAGAAUCGAAGAUGGCAGUAGUGGGAGGUUCAGGUAUCUUGUUGAAUCCAGACAUGUUUAUCGCAGGCACAAAACUAGGAGAAGGAAAAUGCUUCGCUUUUGAUUCUCGUGCCGAUGGGUAUGGCCGUGGAGAUGGCAUUGCAAGUAUCAUCCUCAAGCCUUUGGCAGAUGCCGUUCGGGACGGUGACGCUGUGCGAGCUGUCAUUCGAAAUACAGGCAUCAAUCAAGAUGGUAAAACAACUACGAUAACGUCACCGAGCGCGGAUGCACAAGCAGAGCUUAUGAAAGCAUGCUACCAGGCUAGUGGGCUGGACCCCGUCGAUACAGGCUAUGUUGAAACGCACGGAACUGGAACCCAAACUGGCGAUCUGACAGAAGCUACUGCAGUUGGGAAGGUGUUUGGAAAACACAGGAUAGCGGAAGACCCCGUGCUGGUAGGAUCUGUGAAGACCAAUAUUGGACACACAGAAGCAACAAGCGGAUUAGCAGGCGUUAUCAAGGUUGUAAUGGCCUUGGAGAAGGGUUUGAUACCGCCGCACUUAAACUAUGAGACUCCAAAUCCUAAUAUCCCAUUCAAAGACCUCAAGAUCCAGGUUCCACUCUCUCUUUGUGAAUGGCCACUACAUAGUCUACGUCGAGCCUCUGUUAAUAACUUUGGCUACGGAGGAGCCAAUGCCCAUGCAAUCAUCGAGCACCCACAGUAUCUCCUUCCGGAAAAUGAUAAUGAAGUCCUUCCCAAUGAGUGUUCUGAGCUUGAUGACAGGCCUCGCAUUUUCGUCUUGAGUGCAAAGGAUAAGCAUGCGCUGGAAAUUAUGCGUAACCACCUCUUCGAAUACUUGACUACUAUCAAUACCCAGGGCUGGGAGCACAAUCUUGAUAAGCUGGCAUUCACUUUGGGGGAAAAGCGAUCUCGUUUCCCUUGGACUUUAGCAUGUGUGGCAUCCACUUUGGAAGCUCUUGUAGCAUCACUGGACAGGACUAUGCCGCAAAUACAGCCUUCGAUCGCUCCAGCAAGAUCAUCUCGUGUUCCUCGUUUGGGAUUCGUGUUCACUGGGCAGGGCGCUCAGUGGUAUGCGAUGGGAAGAGAGCUUAUCGGGCUGUACCCUGUGUUCAGAGACACCCUCAUCCGCGCCCAGGAAUAUUUAUAUGAGUUCGGUGUACCCUGGUCCUUGAUCGAGGAGCUCAUGCGGAGUGAAUCUUCUAGUCACAUUAAUGAGGUUGAUUACAGUCUUCCACUUGUUGCGUCCGUUCAAAUGGCCCUGGUCGAUCUUCUCAGGUCCUGGGGUGUUCAUCCCACCGGAGUUACUGGACACUCCAGCGGCGAAGUUAGUGCUGCUUAUGCUGCCGGAUAUAUUGACCUCAAGUAUGCCUUGGCAAUUGUUUACUAUCGAGGUGAUCUUACUACUCGCCUGGUGCAUCUGCUCCAUGAUAGUGGCGGUAUGAUUGCCGUUGGCCUGGGUCGUGAAGACGCACAACAGAGGAUCUCACGCAUCAAGUCUGGCGUAUUAGUUGUGGGUUGUGUGAACAGUCCUGUCAGUGUCACAGUUUCAGGCGACACUCCAGCUCUUCUUGAUCUUGAGGCCAUGCUUGUAGCGGAGAAUAUAUUUGCCCGUCGUCUCAAGGUCACUGCUGGGUAUCAUUCGCAUUUGGUGAAGCCCAUUACCGAGCCCUAUCUGGAGGCCAUGGCUCCCUGGGUAACUUCGGUUGCAAAAACCAAAGAUCUUAUCAACUUCUCCUCAUCUACAACAGGCCGCCGGAUGAAUCAGAUAGGAGAAGUUACCGAUCCAGCUCAUUGGGUGCGCAACGCUAUCCAGCCCGUGGAAUUCGUUUCUUCCCUGCGUCAUAUGUGUGUCGACGAAACCCAGAACAAUGCCUCCUCUAUUGAUGUGAUCAUUGAAGUCGGACCUCAUGCAGCACUGGGAGGUCCUAUCCGCCAGUGCCUUGCGGCACCCGACUUGAAAGACACAAAAAUCACGUACGCGUCAUGUCUCAUAAGGGGGCAGAGUGCUGUUAGUAGUAUGCAGGUCAUGGUUUGCAAGCUUAUCCAGCAAGGAUACCCAAUAGAUCUCGGUGCUGUCAACUUUCCUCAUGGUCGUCCUCGGGGCUUGCAAAUCCUGAGAGACCUUCCUCCAUACCCCUGGAACCACCAGACACAAUACUGGUGGGAAUCUCGUUUGAGCAAAUUCGCUCGAGAUCGAAAUGUUCUACCUCAUGAUCUUCUCGGACGCCCAACUGCUGAUUUCUCUCCGUUGACCCCAACCUGGCGCCAUAUCAUUCGCCCACGGGAUAUCCCAUGGGUGCGUGAUCAUGUCGUCCAAUCAAGUAUUGUGUAUCCAGCUGCGGGAUACAUUGCGAUGGCCAUUGAAGCCCUGCGACAAUCGGUGCAGAAUGAAGCACACAUUGUAGGAUAUAAGCUUGAAAAUAUUGACAUUGCCCGCGCCUUGGUCCUGGAGAAUGACGACGAGGGGAUCGAUGUUCGCAUCUCACUACGAUCCUGUGUUGACCGUAUCCAUUCUGCUCAAGGCUGGAAAGACUUUCACAUCCAGUCAUUGCAUUCUACAGGGAAGUGGAUCCUUCAUUGCGAGGGGCGCAUUGCAGCCAUCACACCUAGCUCCAAGACUUUCAGUUUGCACGAUGAAGGGGCAUAUAAAUGUGCCAAUGACUGGGAUCAGAGCAGUCUCUGGCCUUCAGUAAGCGUCGAUGAGACUUAUCAAAGUCUCCAAGAAAUCGGUCUGAGCUACGGUCCUAUGUUCAAAAAUCAGUUGACUACCCGGAAAGGAAACAAACGUUCCAUCACCGUCAUGCGAGUGCCUGAUACUAAGGCGAUCAUGCCAUGCAACUACCAACAAGACCAUGUCAUACACCCAACCACACUUGAUACAAUGUUCCAGGCCAUGUCUCAUACCCUUCCUUCGACUUGUUCCCAAGAAGGCAAUGCAGCAGUACCGAAGUCUAUCUCUUUUUUAUACAUUUCGGCGGACAUCAGCAGUGAACCAGAUCAUUUGUUCAAAAUGCACUCGCGACUCGACCAUGUGAAGCCAAAUGGCUUUGAAUCCUCUGCAACCGUCUACAAUGAAGGAAGCUCUACCCCAAGUGAAUUUGGAGAGUCUCCUACUCUUAUAAUGCAAGGUCUAUUUUGUCAAUCAGUUGGAGGAUCGGUCACCCACAGUCAGUCUAUAUCAGACAAAUGGUGUUUCUCUAUGAGUUGGAAGCCUGAUUUCGGUUUAUUAAUGGCCUCCGGCCUAUCACCUACGCCUCAAUCCGAGUUGACAGAGAGCCAGAUCUCGGCUAAGAAUCUUCAGACAACUGCACUAACCUACAUGGCUGAAGCGGUUCUGACCCUAGAGAUAGAGGCUGGUCCAAGCACUGAGUAUUUCCAAUAUGCUCAGUGGAUGAAAGAUACGGUGAAGCACAACAUGAGCAAGCUCUGGGCUAAUCGCAUUUUUGAGGAUAGUGUGGAGAGCAGACUUGUCCAUCAAAUGGGACAAAAUCUUCCGGAUAUUCUAACAGGAAAAGUCGAUCCGGCAGAGCUCAUGCAUAAAAUUUACAUGAGAGAGCCAUUGAGUAUGAAGGAGUGUGGCCUUCAAGUCCAGCAAACGGUUGAGCUACUUCUCCAUAAGAAUCCCAGCGCUCGGCUGCUGGAAAUUGGCGCGGGUGAAGGUGAAUGCACACGUAUUGUUUUGAAGCUUCUCGGUGAAAUGCCAAAUAAUGGUGUCUUCUGUGGAAGAUACGAUGUCACUGAUCCCUCCACGGAGUAUGUCGACAACCUUAGAUCUGAGGAGAGUGCAGAUCGGGUGGUAUUCAAGCGAUAUGACGUUGAUACAGAUCCCACAGAACAAGGCUUUGAGAUGAAUUGCUAUGACCUGAUAAUUGCAUCACCUCAGGUAUUUCUGGCCAAAGAUCUCCAACAAUCAAUGGUCCAUGUACGAACUCUUUUGAAUGGUAAUGGACGGCUUCUGGUGUGGGGACCACCUCUUGACCGGGUUGAUAUGCGCAUGGUGUAUGAGACGCUUCCGGCUUGGAAAAAAACUUUCGAGAUCGAAAAGACCAGUUUGCCUUCCCAGCAAUGGACGAACACCCUCCAGCGUGCUGGUUUUGAGGAUAUUUCCAUGAGCCACUCACGUCCAGAAAGGAAUAGUUACCUCUUAUCGAGCAUCACGCUGGCAACUGCUCCAUUUAAAGAGACUUCGGGCCAGAUAUCCAAUGUGGCAAUCGUUUACUCCCAGCCCACCGUCCCCACAGAUUGGCUGCAGCGGCUCUCAAGGUCUAUUACGGAAAGGUUCGGGCCCAUCAACGUGACGGCUCAUGUCCUCAGCGAAAUCAAAGCGUUAGAUGAUCCAUCUUCGUUUGUAGUAUUCCUAGGUUAUUUGGAGACAACCUUGCUAGAUCAAAUCACCCCAGAGCAGCUUGAAAACCUCAAGUUCGUGUUUUCCCGAUACUUGGGUGUUCUUUGGGUUUCCAGGGGUGCUCAAAUUGAUUGCCCAAAUCCAUUUUCUAGUCUUCAUCACGGAUUGCUGCGGACCUUGCGACACGAAAGAGGAUGGAAACAAAAUGCUUCGCUGGAUCUUGAUCCAAAGGAGUGCCUUUGGAGCUCUGAGACGGCUCAUCACAUCACUCGUGUGCUUAGGGUCAUCUUAACUCGGUCACUCAGGAGCCCGAAUCUACCAGAGCUUGAAUAUGCGGUUCGCUCGGGAGUUCUGCAAAUCCCACGGAUUUAUGAGGACACUAUGCAAAACGAUCACUUGGCGACUUCUAUCUCGCGUCAAAUACCGGAACCAAGAGCCUACGUGGAGGAAGGUCAGCAUUUGAAGCUCGCAUCUACUGCGCCUGGAUUGCUUCAGAAUCUGACCUUUGUUGAGGAUCUUCGUCCUGAUGAACCCUUACCAGAAGACUUUGUUGAGCUCAAGCCGAUGGCGUACGGACUCAAUUCGCGAGAUCUUAUGGUUGCUCUUGGUCAGAUCCAGGAGGACCGUAUGGGCUUUGAAUGUAGUGGUGUUUUGACUCGAGUAGGUUCCAAGGCUACAGCUCAAGGAUUCAAAAUUGGUGAUCGAGUUUAUACUCUCACUCCCGGAUGCUUUGCUACAAAGGUUUGUGUCCAUGUCAAUGGGGUUGCUCGUCUGCCAGAAUGGAUGACUUUCGAGGAGGGUGCCUCUCUGGCCAUGGCACAUUGUGCAGCGUAUCACAGUCUCUUUGAACUUGCACAUCUUCAACCCAAGGAGUCAGUUCUCAUUCACUCUGGCAGUGGAGGUGUAGGACAAUCUGCUAUCAUGAUGGCACAGAGUAUCGGAGCUGAGAUAUUCGUGACUGUGGGAUCAACAGAGAAACGCAAGUUCAUACGUGAUACAUAUGGUAUUCCACUCGAUCGAAUUUUCUCCAGCCACGAUGCUUCCUUUGUCGAUGAUAUCCUGACCUAUACUGCUGGAAGGGGAGUCGAUGUCAUUCUCAACUCUUUGGCUGGUGCCCUUCUUCGAGCCUCACUAAGUUGCAUUGCUCCCUUCGGACGUUUUAUUGAGAUUGGCACGCAAAACAUUGAAGAGGAUAACAAUAUCUCGUUGGCACCAUUUGGACGCUGCAUAUCAUUUUUCUCGGUUGAUUUGUGGGCCAAGUAUGAUCACUGUCCUCAUCUGGUCUUUAACAUCCUUCCCAAUAUUGCGGUGAUGGUGGCGCAACGAAAGAUUGGACCCGUCAGUCCCAUUGUUGAUUAUACUAUGACAGAUCUGGAGUCGGCGUUCCGUGUUAUGCAGAAGGGGACACAUAUGGGCAAGAUUGUUCUGCGGCCUGUCGAAGGAGAUAUUGUGAAGGUCCUUCCGCCAACGAAAGCUCCUUCCUUGUCAUCUGAGGGAAGUUAUCUUAUUGUCGGGGGUCUGGGUGGCAUAGGAAAACUGCUUGCGCGUGCCUUGGUAAACAGAGGCGCACGUCAUCUCAUUCUCAUGUCUCGUUCAGCAGGCUCUUCUUCAUUUGAAAAUCAACUAUUUGUGGAAAGUUUGAUCGCAGAGGGCGCAAACGUGAUUUUGAAAAGCUGCGAUGUAGCAAACAAGAUUGAACUGACCAAAGCUCUCGUGGAAUGUGCCAGUUCACUACCACCGAUCAAGGGUGUUAUUCAGGGAGCAAUGGUGCUCAGGGAUUCAAUUUGCGAAGACAUGUCUCAUGCGGACUAUGCCACUGUCAUCCAAAGUAAGGUGCAGGGAAGCUGGAAUCUGCACGAACUCGUUCCUUCUUCCCCACUUGAGUUCUUUGUCAUGCUUUCCAGUCUCAGUGGGCUGGCAGGUAACAUUGGCCAGGCCAACUAUGCCGCCGGUAGCACGUUCCAAGAUGCAUUAGCCCGUCAUCGAGCAUCUCUUGGGCUACCGGGGGUGUCAAUUGAUCUUGGAAUGGUAAAAUCAGUUGGAGUUCUUGCACAAGCAGAGAAUGUGAAUCUAGCCAGUCAUCUUGAAAGAAUUGGACCACGAGUUCUCAACGACGACAUGGUUAUUCGUCUAGUUGAGUCGGCUAUUCAAAAUCCUCGUCGGACUCCCAAGUCCAGUCAGAUCAUCACAGCCAUUCCACCAGAGUUCAUCCGUUCCACAUCAGCUGAAUUUUGGAAUCAUGAUAUCCGGUUUUUACCUUUGGAGCGCGUGGAUGACUUCGCUAUGGCAUCAAGUCAUGGUGGCGUAGCAGCAGUCAGCACAGUUACGCAUACUAGAGCCCUACUUUCAGAAGCCCGGACAGUUUCUGAUGCGCAGGAAAUCAUCAACAACGUACUUGUGAACAGACUGGCUAAGGAAUUCGGGCGCCUUGAAACUGAGAUCGACCCUUCAAUGGCUCUGACAGACAUUGGCGUGGAUUCCCUUAUUGCUGUGGAGCUGCGAAACUGGAUUGUGUCCACUUUGGAGGCUGAAUGUUCCCUCUUUGAUAUAAUGCAGAGCUCAUCACUGACUGCUUUUGUGGACAAGCUGACUUUGAAGAGUCGAUUGGUGCAUGUUGGAAAAAGCAAGGAUGGGAAUUAUGCGAAUGGCAAUGGUUCAAAUUUGGACACCAAGGAUAAGCUGUAA